GUGCUCAGAAUAUCAUACGACAAACUGUACGCCAAGCCUGCGGCUGAACAAGUGCACGGAUACUAUGCAGCCUGGGCACAUCUAUAAAGUACCACCUCCCUGGACUGGACCAGUGGUGCGUCCUCAGGAACAGCAACAGCAAGGAAAUAUGUACGGCCAACAGUUUGGCAAUGGGCAGAUGGGAGGGGUUCAACCUGGGACUGCUACAGGGGUCCCGUCGAACGCAAGUUAUAAUUCCGGAUUCCCCCCUCAGCAACAACAAUAUCCGCCUCAGCAGUUUCAACCGCAACAGUACCCUCCUCAGCAAUAUGGCCAACAGCCGCAAUCUCAGUAUCAGCAGCCUCCACCUCCACCUCCACCUCCACCUCCGCCGCCUGCGUCAGCGCCUGCACAACAACAAUGGGCCCAACCGCAAUGGAACCAACCCGCCUCUCCGCUAGCCCCGGCCCGCCCCCAGUCGGUCAUCUAUAACCCCCAAGCGCCCACAUACCAAGGUAAUACUGGAACGGGGUAUGCCCCUACUCCCCAGAAUCCGAGUGUUCACCAGCAAACCCCUGGGACACCUAUCCAGCAGCAGCAGCAGCAGCAGCAAGCUCCUCCACCCCCACCACCUCCCCCACCCCCACCGAUUACUCAAUCAUACAACCAGCAAACACCUGGAUCACCCGCUGCCCCCACGAGCUCAUAUCAACAAGGCCAGCAGCCAUAUGGUGGGCAGUACCAAGGGCAGCAAUGGCAAACAACAACCAGCCCCCAGCAACAGUUUGCGCAACCUAGCCAACCGGCGGCACCGCAGACUCAGCAGGGGUAUUACACCGGGGGCAAUGUCGGCGGCAUGGCAUCUGGAUAUGGCAGCCAACAGAAUGGUGGAACUGAAACUGUGCAGAGCCCAUCUGAGAGCCAUGUUGCAUAUAUCCCCCCAUCACUUUCCGGUACCGGGGUCACUGCUUAUCAACCUGUCAAUACCAACCCCGCGCCUGGGGUCUUUGUACCGCCGCCUCCAGAAAACAUCCCUGCGUGGGGUACGGCUCAGCCGGAUGGGCCAAAGAAGAAGUUUAAGUAUACCCCUCCGGUUCUACAUCCUGAAUUUGGUGGCGUUCCUGGGGGUGGCCAAUACCCACCAAACCCUCAACAGCAGCAGUACCAGCAAGCUCCUCAACAGCAAUACCCCCCUAGUCUCCAACAAAGCCAGCAGCUGCCACCGCCCCCACCCCCACCCCCACCCCCAAUGACGUCCCAGCAAGACGGCUGGCAGCAGCAGCCGCAGCAACAACAACCGGGCCAGUAUCAACAGCCUACGCAGCAGUUUGAGCAGCAGCCCCAGCAACAGUACGAGCAACAGUCCCAGCAACAGUAUGGACAGCAGCCGCAGGUGCUUGACCAACAAACACAAGCUCCUUCGCGUACUGACCCCCCUACAGUCGUCCCGCCAGGUCGACCCAAGAGCCGGUACACCCAAAGGUUUGACCACUUGGAGCAACCUCAGUCAACCCCAACACCACCGCCACCGCAAGCUCCGGCCGCUUCCGCUUACCACAAUCACUUUUCCCAGCAGCAGCAGCAGCAGCAGCAGCAACGGAUAUCGAGCCCUACACCGCCCCCAGCUCCGCAACGGAAGAAUACCAUUCCGCCCGUGACCGGGGCAUCGGUUUUCUCUUCUGGCCCAUCAGACAUCAGUGGAUGGGAGCACUAUAGCAGUGCGGCUGACGAUGAGGUUUCGCUGGUCAGUCGCCCUGAGACUCCUGAGAUCGCAGAGAUAGGAGGAUCACCAGCCCAUGCACCGAGCGGAUACUAUAAUGAGCAGCAAGGAGGGAGAUCUGGCUUCGUCUCGCCACCCUCACCUCACAAGGUGGCCACGGGUCCUCAGCAGCCACAGAGACCGGGUAGUGUAGUUGGAGGAGGAUAUGCCCCAUCUGGGCGAGUGAUGACUCCCCAACAACAGCAACCGCAGUGGCAGCAGCAACCUCAAAGGAUCAUGACUCCACAGCAGCACCAAGCGCACCAAUCACCGCAACGAAUUAUGACCCCUCAACAUCAGAUGCAGCUGCCCCCUCAACGAAUUGCGACCCCUCAACAUCAACAGCAACAUGCGCCCCAGUCACUACCGGACCAAUACCAGCGAUCGGACACUCAUCAAUGGCAACGGCAACAGCAGCAGCAACAGACGCAAAAUCAACAGCCAGCCCCACAACAAUAUGAGCAGCAACAGCCACAGAGAAUCAUGACUCCUCAGCAGCAACAACACCAACCUCCACCCCCUCAGCCCCCCUCCCAGAGUACAUAUAUUGAGCAGGUUCCGGGCGGAUGGCCCCAGGACCCUCCCCAGCAGCCGCCCCAGCAGCCACCCCAACAACCUGCCCAACAACCUGCCCAACAACCUGCCCAACAACCUGCCCAACAGCCAGUCCAGCAGACAGCCCAACAACCCGCGCAACCAUCUUAUGAAGUUGCCCCAACACUGCAGCCUGCCGCUCCGGCCCAAUCUGAGGAAGAACCAAAUCCUCUAGAUUCCCUGGAGCAAUUCUACGCCGACUCCAUCCACCGCUUCAUUGAUAUGAUACAAGCGGAGGUUGCAGCUACUUCUGAUGAAGAAAAAUUGAGAGUAUUUACGGAGUUCAUGGAAAAGGAAUACUUCAUUCGAGGGGAACGGUACCCUAACGCUCUUGGGGAUAUCCCUAGCAGGCAAGGAAGUGUGUUCGGUGGUAUGAAGAACCCCGAUGGCCCAGCUGGCGCCCCGACUGUUGAGAGAAGCCCUGAAAUCUCAAACAAGAAGGCAGCUUCAGAUGUGUCUGUACCCCCCUUGUCCAGCGAGCCGCAACAUCACACGCCUCAGAACCAGCCACAUCCCCCUAAUAUCCCUUCUCCAAUUCAUGAAGUUGCCUACCAAGCACCUCAGCAUGAAGAACCCAAACAUCUAGAGAGGGUUGAAACUUAUCAACCUUUCCGACCGGGUGCGGCCCCGCCGAAACCUCAACAGCAAGUUGAGGAUCCACCCGUCGGGAAUGAUGGCUACAAGGCAUUUAAUCCCGCAGUCCACAGCCCUCCCCAGCAGAAACCUACCUCACCAGCGCCUCCCCAGCAUCAAGGCUAUGUUCCAUUUCGUCCCAACGAAUCAACAUUGCCUCUAGCAAAGACUGUAACUCCAGGCAAUGGUGCACAUGCUCCCUAUAAAGCACCAGUGGCCAAGUCGGGCUCACCGCCGGCUUCUUCGGGGUCUGAUUUUGUUGCAUACGACCCAAAGAGAGCUUCAACGAUUGAUAGCCGAGGACCUCAACCCCAGCCCAAACGUACUUCAAUCAUAUACAAUCAGCCUAGCAGAUCGCAAACCAUGGCUCCGCCCGUUGGUGUGCAUCCUACAGAAUUCGGUCCCCCUGAACAUGCACCAACGGUAGUGGAUACGACGCCGUACCAGGCAUAUGUUUCUUCACCCGGGAGCUAUCAAAGCCCAACGAGAUCUCAACCACCAAACUUCCCGCCAGAGCCAGAGGGACAAUAUCCGGAAAGCUCAGAGGAGUGUUUUACGCCAUCUCAGGAUGUUGACCUUGAUGAAUUAAAGCUGGGGCCUACACCUGCACCACCAGCUCUAGGGCUGUCAACUCCGGCGACGGUUGACGUGCUUUCUACUGUAUUACCAGUCACCAGAUUCCACAAGGUCCCAUCGACUGCUGUACUCGACGACAUCAAGAAAACUAUUGAUGAAGUUGGUGAGGACUUCUCUUUUAUUGAGAAGAUCAAUACAGCCUAUGGCGAUGCUUCGAAGAAACGCCUGCAAAGGCUCGAAGAAGAGCGGAGAGUUCGGUUGGAAGAACACGAGGAACAUACUGAUCGUUUAUUUGCCGAUCACGAGAUUGGUUAUGGUGAUGUUGGUGACAUGGACGAAGCGUUUAAUGCUAAGGAGGCAGAAAAGAAGACUAAAGAAGAGGAAGUCGAAUGGGAGAAGUACCGUGAUGAGGUCUUCCAGAAGGUCUAUGACAAAAUACAAGAGGGGAUCAAGGGGUUAAUGGACAAGCAUUUCCAAACCAUAAACGGCCUUCAAGAUGCUGUUUCAGGGAAAGAACGGUGGACGAAGAUUGAAGGCCUAGAACUCACGGACCUGUUGGAGGGACUCAUAUUGCUCCGGGGCUACAUCGAGCGAAGACAUGAAAAGGUUCAAGUCGCGAUCCUAGAGCGCGACAGACGGUACCGAAGGACAGUUAUCCAACCCCUCUACGUCUCUGGAAACAUUUCCAAAAUGAAGAGCAUGGAAAAGCACUUCGACGAGAGUGAAAAGAAAGCCAUCCUCGAAGCCGCAAAACAGAAAUUCGCCCGAACCACCCAGCUCAUGGAAGCUAUCGAGGAAAGCAUCGAGCGCGGCCUGACCGCUGAAUUGAACUACACUGAGGAGCUCACGCAGGCUGUGACGCCGCUCCUUACCAAUCCACUGCGCACGGCAAGCUUCAAAGCGGAUCUUCUUUACACUCUCGAACUUCUCUCAACCCUGAAAGAAAAGAGUAUAAAAUUCAUGAAAGCCUUCCACUCCGCAAGUCUUCUGAUGAAUGAGUCCACCGCGGAGGUUGGUGUCGCCGAGGGCCGGGAGAAGGGUGAAGUUGCAAAGGAGCGGUUAGGCUCUGAUGAGGAGGCGGAGAAGGAACUGCGUGAGAGAGUCAACGUAGUGAACAGUGAUUGGACCGUUGUAGAGAGCGGUAUUCAGGGUGUUUUAGAAAUGCUAAAGAAUGUUUCUGAGGAAAGCGCUGCAGUGUCUGGCGAUGGGGGAGUUAGUCUGAGUGGCGGAUACGGAGAUGCUAGUCAUGGGAACCCUCCAAAUCAUGGUGUAGGUGGGGGAGAGAUGAGUGCGCUUGAAAGGGCUAAAAUGAGGAAUAAAGGUAGCAUUGGAAUCAUGUACGAAAAUCAUUAACAUACCCGCAGCGUAGUGUAGAGGGAGAACUAAUUUAUGAUAUUGUUUUAUUCA